GGUGGCCAAUCAGAUGCCUACGAGAGUCAUGUGGGCGGGACAUGAGCAACUCUCCCACACAUGAAUCCCAGUGCUGGAGGAAUCGCAUCUAGCCAUAUGGGUUUCCUGCGGACAGCCAUUCAGCAGUAAAACGUGGAUAUUCCUGGGUUAAAGCGCCAGGACAACAACAACCACAACAAACCAGGAUACGGAUCUGGAAAGUCCAGACUUGUGCCUAGAAAGUGCAAAGCAAAUGUCAUAAAAUGCCUUGCGAUACCUGCGUGCCCUGGACAGCCUGCCAAGGACUUCCACGAGCCCUCUUCCAGUUUCGUCAAGUCAAGGUCCCUAGAAACUUGCCAAAGAGCUUCUCGCACCUCAGGUCUUCCGCCACCAUGUGGCUCUGGGCUCUCCUUCCUGUACUCCUAGCUGUAGGAGGUAUUGCCGGCUUCUGGGUUGUGUAUGCCAUGGCUGUUGCAAAUGGAUCUGUAAACAUCACAGAAGCUUUUCCAUAUAUCAGCACAUGUGGCUCCUCCCCACCCCAGAGCUGUGUCUUUGGUCAAGUUCUUAAUCUAGGAGCUUUUCUAGGCGCGGUGAUCUGCUUUCUGAAAUACCAACAGGUGCGGGAUUAUGGCUGUCAUUCCCGUUUAAAUCUAGUUGGGCUCAUUUUCGGCCUACUCUGUGCCCUCGGGUCAUCUAUGGUGGGCAAUUUCCAGGAAAAAAACCAGAUAGAAACCCAUUUAGUUGGGGCCUUCUUGGCUUUUGUGGUGGGCAUCCUUUAUUUCUGGGUCCAAACUUUCCUGACCAACCGAGUGAAGCCGAGGCACGGAGGGUGGUGGAUCGGGCCCCUCAGAUUCUCCCUCAGCUUCUGUGGUUCUGCCUUUCUCAUUGCCACGAUUGUGCUCUUUUUCCUGAAGCUGCAUUCUGAGUCGGCCUACUGCGAAUGGGCUCUGGCCAUGGUCCUCUUCCUUCUCUUUGGGCUCUUUGCAGUGGAUUUCUGGCACAUGGGGACCUGCUCAGUUCACGUCUAUCACCAGCGGGCAGACCAAGCAGCUCAAGACAUACAGACGUCAACGCAGACUCUCCCUCUCUGAUACCUCUUUAUGGACAUGGGGGGAAGAAGGGGUCUCUGCAAAACUUUCCACACAGUUGGAAUCCUUUUCCAGUGGACCAGAUCAUGCCUUGCCAUGUCUUCUGAUGGCGAGUGAAGUAGUUCCCAGCUUUUCUGCUGGGGUGUGGGACUCCCUUGUGGGACGGCCUACAGUCGGGGUUUUUUGGCCAUUUUGGAGAGUCUCCCUGACUUGUCACUCAUCUCAGACAAAUCUCCUCCUCGGUGCUCUUCAUAACAUUUAGCCGCCGCCUUCUGCUGAGUAGGGGCAGCUCUUCGCCUCCCCUCACAAAAGGACCCACCAACCAUUUCCUCUGCAAAACAGUAUUUUAAAAGUGUCUUGUUUUAUUUUCUGUUAGCAUCCUCCCACUGGUGGCUGCAAAAUCCCCGCCACUGCCAGUACUUCAUCUUACCCAUCUCCACACCGCUGUAUAUGAAAACCAAAGUGAUCUAGAAGGGUCCCAGGCCCAUCUUUGUGUGACGCACACAUCAGCACCCGCCAUUGGCUGAUGUGCCCGGACCUUGCUUUCUCUGUCGCGUGGAUGGGCCUAGUAACUCUUUCCAGCACCGAUGGCUGUGAGGAGCCAUUCUCUCCUAUGCUUCCCUCCACAGUAAUAUAUGGGAGGGGAAGACAGGGAGACCCCCCCCCACCUCCUCCACAGUCUGCUUUGGUGCAACGAAUCUUGCUGCCAGUCAACGGUCUGGUCAAACUGUGUGAGUCGCUUAGGCACAUAUUCUUACACCAGUUUAAACAGUAUCCCGACACGGUGGUUGUGUCUUUCAACCACAGCCUCUACACACACACAGAUGAAUUUUUUGUUUCUGAAGCUGUUGGGUGGGUGGAUAAGAUGAUAUUGUGCCAGAAAGACUAGGUCCAGCUCCUUAAAGCUCUCACACACCUCUCCAGUCACUCAUGUGCGUGGAUCCAGGUUUUUUCAUUAUGCUCUGGCAGUAUCAACAACUGUGUGUGUCCUUCCUCUGAUGGAAAAGUGGGCACCUUUGCUCUCCUGUUAGGAAAGGUGUUGUAUUAUCCUAUUAUACAGAUGAAUACUGAAGUCUUGCCUUCCUUUUUUAUGUUCCCAAUGGAGCAUUGCUCAAUCCAUUCUUCCACAACUGGAAAAGUAGGUCCCUCUAACUUAAUGUGAGAAACUCUUUUUAAACAAAAGCAAAAAAACUAUUCUUCUUUAUCCCUUAUUAGACUCCUGCCUUGAGGUUAAAGUGAACGUUAUCCCUACUUUAUAGCUACAAACUGAACCUCCAGUCUAAUUUCUUUCCUUUCCUAAGAAAGGAUAGUUAAUAAAGUGGAAGUUCUGGGUAGCUAGCCGUGGAAGCGCUUAUUUAUUUGCCCUAAAAUCAGAGCUGGCGUGGCAGGCUUAAUACAAUUCCAGCCAAUUUAUGUGCGGUGUUUAAAUGAGCUGAAGACCACUGGCAAGAUUCCUCAGAAGGCUAAUGGGACUUGGGGUUGAAAGGGUAGGAUUUCUAGAUUUGAUCUAAAGACACAAAGCAGAUUCUUGUACUCAAGAUGUGCCACAAUGGAAGAGAAGACUUGUGUUUCAUUGGGAAGCAGCUCAAAAUCCAAGGGGAGCUGGAAAAGUGCAAAAUUGCCAUUUUCUCUCAUACACGUGCUCCUACACUCCCAUUUCCUCAUGCACCAUGGUCCACCUGCACGGGCAGCACCCAGUCUGCUGGCCCCUCCUAUUGGCUUCAAUCAGCAUGGCCCAAUGGACAGAGAGAAGUCAUUCAACAAUCCCACCCCUGCUAUACCCACACAUGGGAUACACAAAGCCCGUUUGCUCUGGGAACUCUUUCUGAUGUUUUCUUUCCGUGUCGCUUCCUGUGCUAGCAUUGCCCUUCCCUGAGAACCUUUGCAUAGCCUGGGGGCUCCUUUACUUGCAUGUUACCAGAGCCAAAUGGAAGCACACCCUGCCACUUUGCAGUAACACAUGAAUCAGGUGCUCCCCUCUCUCCCGCCCCUGUUGCACGCAGGUUCAUACACACUGACCACCAUCUAGCCACUUUUUGGCAUACUGUGCACUAAGCAUCCCUUCUCUGCCAUAUGGACAGCACCUAUCCUCGUGUUCCCCACCAGCCACACUUCUGUCCGCAUUUAUUCACACAACCGGCAUGCUCUCAUUUAUGCAGAGCUCUCAUCCCAGACUCGCAUACCCACAGAGUCCUGAGCCCACUCACAAAACACGCUGCAAGCAUAAUUUCCAGGAGCCACAGUCUCUGUUUACACAACCAGCAUCUCCAUGCCAAUGCGUAAACAGCCAAUGUGGAAACUCAUCUGAUUUGAAUAGGUCCCCACCUACUGAUGGCCCCAGGGAUGGCUUUGGCUGUUUAUACAUCAUUCGUUUAAAGCACAUGACUUCCCCCAAAGAAUUCUGGGAACUGUCGUUAUGGGUGCUGGGAACAGCAGCUGAGGGGGGCAAACUAUAGCCCCCAGGAUUCUUCGAAGGGAAGCCAUGUGAUGUAAAUGUUUGGUGUUUCAUCAACUCUUAAUCUCCCUUUUGGGGGAUAUGUGCGUGUGCAAAGGCCACCUUACCCUUGCACCAUCCAGUAUCAUUGCACAUGUGAAAGCCCUGUGAAGAUGCACCCUUGACCUAACCAGAGCCAUCACCCCUAAAAAACAACAAUGG